UAUACACCUCUAUGUCUUUAAAUACUGAUUAACUAAAAAUAGCUUUUCGGGCCCGGUAAGUUUCCGGCUUUGUCAGUUGAGCGAGCGCUACCAAACGUACGGGAAAGGGGAAGGCUUGGUGGCUGAGCAAAGUCCAAAGAAUCAAGAUGGUGGUCAUACUGAGUAAGAUUCUCCCACCGGCACAUUGGUUGAAUUCUAAAGUUUCUGGGAUCGCGGUUGCCGCUGCUGCAGCAGGUAUCGUUGUAUUAUGGAAGAAAAAGCUGGACCAACUUAGCAGUAAAAGAAAGGAUCUGACGGACGAUUUACACAUCUCUCUAGAGGAGGAAAAAGCAGCCAAGAAAGAAAAGGCUGCAGUAGAUGGUGUAUUCUUUAGAAAGUUACUGAGGAUUUUGAAAAUAAUCAUUCCUGGAUGGCUCACACCAGAGACCGGUUACUUGGCACUUGUAGCUGCAUCUCUGAUAGCAAGGACAUAUUGUGAUGUUUGGAUGAUACACAAUGGAACUUCAAUUGAGAGGUCAAUUAUUGGCCAGGAUUUUGCAGGAUUCAACGAUAAUCUUCUUGCACUGGUCUAUGCCAUGCCAUUUAUAUCAGUAGUAAACCAGCUUCUCAAGUUUGGAUUGAAUGAACUGAAGCUGAGGUUCCGUACAAGAUUAACUCUUCAUCUGUAUGAACAGUACCUGAGCAUGUUCACAUUUUACAAAAUGAGCAACUUGGAUAACAGGAUUGCUAAUGCAGAUCAACUCCUUACUCAGGAUGUGGAUAAAUUCUGUAACAGCCUUGCAGAGCUCUACUCCAACAUCAGUAAGCCAUUGCUUGACAUAGUGAUCUACGUUCAGAAACUAACAGGAGCAAUUGGUAUACAGGGACCAACCAUCAUGCUGGCAUACUUGGCUGUUUCAGGACUGUUACUAACAAGAUUGAGACGACCAGUUGGAAGAAUGACAGCAGAAGAGCAGCAUCACGAGGGAGAGUUUAGAUUUGUAAACUCUCGGCUCAUAACUAACAGUGAGGAAAUUGCGUUCUACCAGGGAGGAAAAAGAGAGAAGUUUACCAUUGAAAAGACGUUUCAACGAUUGGUUGAUCAUCUAAGGAACUUCAUUCAGUUUCGAUUUAGUAUGGGAAUCAUCGACAAUAUUAUAGCAAAAUAUGUAGCUACAGUUGUAGGCUUUAUGGUUGUCAGUCGCCCUUUCCUUGGCGCAGGCAGCACGAGGCAUGUGAACAGCACACACAGCGAGAGAAUGGAGGUAAGCGGAACUUAGACACUUCACGGGUUGUGGUGUAACAUUCUGCGGUGUGUAUUGUUAAGGUGAACUACUCCAGCCUGGGGCAUGCCAGGACGAAGAGCAACAAGUCGUAUUUGUAAGUUAUCAAACCCGGCGUGAAUAGGCUGGGUGGUUUUAAAAACUUUGGCGUGUUUCUUAGUUACAUGCCAAAUGAAUGUACAUGUAAGUCUUUUUCAUUUCAUGCGUUUACUAAUCUGCUCAAUAUUUAUUUCCCAUCUGCUCAUUGCAGCUCCUAAGGGAAAAUGACUUUGACUUUUAUUGAUUUUCAAUUCGUUUGAGGCAAAUGAAUGUAACACUUCUUAGUUCCAAAAGAGGCAAAGGAUAGCACUUCAUAGAAUAAUUACCACAUACCAUGAGGUAGCUCGAAGGAGCCUUUGAUUCUGUUUUACCUGACAAUGAAAAUUUAGCAGAGCGUUCUUUAAUUUCGCCAGCGCGUCCAAAGCACUUUGUAAAAGCUGCUCUCAGUGCAUUUUAUCAAUUAACUGACAAAGGCGUUUUCAGCUUUCCCGUUGCUUUGUUAUCUAUAAUUAAAUGAUGGGCAGCUUUCCUCUCUUCUCACACUCGCUGACAAACAUGUCUCCUCUAUUUUCUUUGGAGAUGAAUAUACGUCUAUGCAAAGAAAAUACACAACCGAACAUCUGCUUUUAUCCAAAUGCAAACCCAAAUGGGUCGAUCCUCCGCAGAGUUAGGUGGCUCACUUGGAUAUUUUAAACACCCAACAUCCCUAAUUCAGUAAACAGCCAGCAAGCGCGUAUAACGCUUUCGGAAGACCACGCUCGACCGCGGCAGCCGAUCCCUUCGUUCACCCACUCACCGAGCUCGCGCACAUCCACCUGUUUUAGAACAAUUGUAUUGAAUCUAGUAAUUGUAUUCGAAUUCACAAGCGUAUUUCCCUCUUUGAAACGCUUUCGAACGUCAGAUGGGUUGAUUUUACUCAGUCGAGGGAGCCACACUACGAUCUUCGAUUCCCCAACAUCCCCUAUUUGAACAGCUUAUGACUUCGGACACGGCUUACACCGUUUAUAUACCAAAACAAGAGUGAUGCUACCUGUGC